AUGGAUGCCGAUCUGGCGCGCGAGCUCCGCGAAGCCACGGACCAACUCCUCGACGUCGUGCGUCCACAGCCAUCCGCCUUCCCCGCCUCGCCGCAUCUGCAGCAGCUUCCAUUACCCGCCAAGCCAAAGUCGACUUCCCUACCUCUAUCAAAGCCGCCCGUCUUCUCACCAAGAUCGAAGCUCGAGCUCCUCCACUCGCCCACCGAUGUUCGCCCGUGGCAGUGGCCUACGCCGCCAUCCACUGCGACCGACACCGAUGCACCCAGGAGCCCAUCGCCUUCUGCGCAGAACGGAAAUCGAGAUCCGAUCAAGAUCAAGCUCAGUGCUGAUGUGCUCGACGAUGCUGAUGACAAUCUGCCCGCACGCGGCCUGUCGAGCCGCAUCGGAUCGGUGAUUGGUGCAUCCCGCUCACACGAUGCGCCGCCUGGUGCUGUACUGUCUCCGUUGGGUAGCGAGGAUGAGCAUCGUGCUGCCUCGCCAUCCAAGCUGCGGGUGCGGACGCCGGUCAAUGACAUCUACAUCAAUCAGUACGGCGAACGCAUCGUCCAGGGCAAGGUCGUGGGUCGCGUCCUUGGAGGUCGCCCACGCCCGCCGUCUCUCACCUCGCCGAACCUACACUCUACCAGCGCUCCAACCCCGGAAUCCGGAGCCAGUCCAGAGCCGCGUCAACACUCUUCUCCGCCAGACGCUUCAAAGUCUCCACCAACAGCAGCGAGUGGUGCCAGCUUUACCACGUCCAGCCCGCCAGCCUUCUUCCUCGAAUCGUUUCCAAACGCAUUUGCCCCGCCAGCGCCAUCAGCAGCAGCCGUGCCUCCAGCCAAGAACAAGCCUCGCAGAAGCUCCAAAGGCGGGCCUCCGAACAUGCUCAAGGCGCCACGUGCCGUCGUGGGCGCACUCACACUCGCGCACUCGGACAACAUUGACGACGCCGUUCUCGUGCGCGAUGCGAGCUUUCACACGGCGUCUGAAAUCGGCUCUCCAGCAUCAUCGUCAUCCAAGCAGCUCUCGCCACCUCCGCCGCGGGGCAUGGCGAGUGCAGAGGCAGAGAUGGAUGCGGCUUUCGGCAAAGUGCAGCUGGAUGCUCCUGAGCCGGUGAGACGAUCCGCAACGUCGACGCCGCUGCUGUCGCCCAACCAGGGCGCGGGCACCUCGGACACCACGCGCGGGAAGCUCGAGCUCGACUCGUUCCGACGACCCACACCGACGAUCGAGCUGAGCCAGGCAAAGAGCGAGCCCGUCAAGCUGCACGCCAAUCGUCGCCAGGCUAGGGCGUCGGGUGUUGUCACCCCGCCCGCUGUGGAUUCUGAGGAGGCAAGCGAGGGUCUCAACUUCGAGCAUAUUGAGCCAUCUGGUUAUGCGCGCCACGGGUCGGCAUCGGAACCCACGAGUCCUCUCAUGUCGCCUCGGCACAUGGACAAUGACGACGUGGAUGGAGAGGACGAUGCUGCUUCGCUGGAAUCGGCGCCUUCGUCACUCAUCUCGCUGCCGGUCUCGACGCACACCACGUCCUCGCGCACGCCGAGUCAUACGAGUCUCGAACGGCGGCGCAGUGGGGGCAGCGUGUCAUCGCCAUCUCGGCGCCGGUCAGCGCGGCGGAGUGAGGGCGACGAGCGGUUUGCGCGCGAGGUGCGGAUCCGCGGCUGGUCCGAGGUGGGCAGUCAAGCGCGCGGGUGGGUAGUCUUCGAGAUCGUCGUCACCACCACGCACGGCACGCACAUUGUGGCGCACAAACGCUUCAGCAGCUUCGUCAACCUCCACCGAGCGCUGGCGCACGAAUGGCCACAGCAUGCAAAGUGGCUGCCCAAACUGCCGACGCGCACAACGGGGCUGCUGAGCAAGUACGAUGCGCGCUACCUCGAAAAGCGACGAACGGCACUGCAGAGGUGGCUGGAUGCGGUUAUGCUCGAUAGAGUCUGGGGCACCGCAGAGGCGUUAAGAGAGUGGGUCCUCGCCAGCGAUUGA